AUGAAGAGGAUACCUGGGCACAAGGUCCUCCUGGUCUUGGUCCUGCUGCUGCUGCUGCUGCUGCUGGCUUGCGGGCAGCCCCGCGUGUCUAGCCGCAUCGUGGGGGGCCGGGAUGCCCGGGACGGAGAGUGGCCGUGGCAGGCGAGCAUUCAGCAUCGCGGGGCGCACGUGUGCGGGGGCUCGCUGGUCGCCCCCCAGUGGGUGCUGACCGCGGCGCACUGCUUCCCCAGACGGGCGCUGCCUUUCGAGUAUCAGGUGCGCCUCGGGGCGCUGCGCCUGGGCCCCGCCACGCCACGCUCACUCUCCGCGCCCGUGCGCCGCGUGCUGCUGGCCCCGGACUAUUCCGAGGAUGGAGCCCGCGGCGACCUGGCGCUGCUGCAGCUACGCCGCCCGGUGGCCCUGGGCGCUCGCGUCCAGCCCGUGUGCCUGCCAGCGCCUGGCGCCCGCCCGGCCCCCGGCACCUCAUGCUGGGUCACCGGGUGGGGCAGCCUACGGCCGGGAGUUCCACUUCCAGAGUGGAGACCACUGCAGGGAGUGAGAGUGCCGCUCCUGGACUCGCGCGCCUGUGACCGCCUCUACCACGUGGGCGCCGACGUGCCACGCGGGGAGCGCAUAGUGCAGCCGGGGAGUCUGUGCGCGGGGUACGCGGAGGGCCACAAGGACGCCUGCCAGGGCGACUCCGGGGGACCCCUGACCUGCGUGCAGUCUGGGCACUGGGUGCUGGUGGGCGUGGUGAGCUGGGGCAAAGGCUGCGCGCUGCCCAACCGCCCCGGAGUCUACACCAAUGUGGCCAUCUACAGCCCCUGGAUUCAGGCUCGCCUCAGCCUCUGA